AUGUCGGUGAACAACCUCUUUGUAACUGUCUUUGCAGGCGAAGACCUUGUCCUAGAACGAAAAGUACCAUUCCACAGGCUCACAUGGGAACAAGCUGGUCUUGUUGUUGGAAAAGGUUUGAUAGACAAUGUUUUGAGUGACUACUUGUGGGCGAAAGCGAUCCUUCUCACAACAACCACGGUCGCUACAACUAGCCUCACAAUCCAAGUUCUGAUUGCUACCAUUGUGGACACGCUCACCGGUCAUGCUCCUCAUCUACUGAACUAUGUCGGAGCCGCUGCCGUCCUAGUUGGUUUCGCUGGAAUCAACAUACCAGCUGGAGAGUCUCCACAGGAUGUUCAGCAGGAGCAGGAAACUCCGAUUGUUAGCAUGGUCGAUGACGACCCGGUUCAUUUGCCCAGCAGUACCAAUGCUACUGAUGUUGUCUCAGACCCUGGGGUCGUGUGA